AUGGUACACUACGGAUGCGCGAAAACCGACAGCGGUGGAGUCGAGUGCUUCGUUGAGUUCAGUGAGACACCACAGGAGUCGCCGAUGAAAGGGAUGGCGGAGGAGAGGAAGGUCGGCGCGAUGACGAGAUUCGUGGAGUUGCUAGCUACCGUGGGGUCAUUUCUGCUGGUGCUCGUUACCCUACCCUUCUCGCUGUGCUUCACGUUCAAGGUCGUGCAAGAGUACGAGCGUGCCGUUGUAUUCAGAAUGGGCCGGUUGAAAGGCGGAGCUUACGGGCCAGGUAAACACAGGGCAAUUUCAUUUCUGUUCAUUCCUAAGCGAGCCGUGUCCCGCCGACCCGACGAUAAUUGCCCCCGAUUGUGUGUACACGAGGACGAAGGAUGUACGAUAUUAAAACGGCUCGAUGGUGGAAAACAAGGUGUGCGUUGUUUUGUAACAGGAACGUUCUUCGUGAUGCCCUGCGUGGAUUACUGCGUUCGGGUGGACCUGAGGACGGUGUCCUUCGACGUUCCACCGCAGGAAGUGCUCACCAAGGAUUCCGUGACGGUGAGCGUAGACGCGGUCGUCUAUUAUCGUAUAAAGGAGCCGCUGAAUGCCGUUGUCAAGAUAGCCAAUUACAGUCAUUCCACUCGACUGCUGGCUGCCAGCACGCUGAGAACGGUGCUCGGGACGAGGAACUUGGCCGAGAUCCUCUCCGAACGCGAAACCAUCUCCCACACCAUGCAGACGUCUCUCGACGAAGCGACGGAUCCUUGGGGUGUCAAGGUCGAGCGCGUUGAAAUAAAGGACGUUCGACUUCCGGUGCAGCUGCAGCGAGCCAUGGCCACGGAGGCAGAAGCCACAAGGGAGGCUCGGGCCAAAGUGAUUGCAGCGGAAGGAGAGAUGCUGGCUUCCCGUGCUCUGAAAGAGGCCAGUGAUGUCAUUUCCAUGAGUCCAGCUGCUCUUCAGCUGCGUUAUUUGCAAACGCUCAGCAAUAUAUCCGUGGAGAAAAAUUCGACCAUCAUCUUUCCCCUGCCCGUCGAAUUCCUGGCUCCUUUCUUCAGCGGUAACUUUCACCCAAGUUCGAAGAGCAAAGAGGCACUUGGAACAUCCUCCGAGAAGCUUGCCACUGGCAAACAAUUCAAGAUUCAGCCUGACGUCCACUUGAACGUCGACAGCGUCAAAAUAACGCCGAAAUAA